AUGGAAGAAACACGGACAAACCCCGAGGCGAAAAAGACCGAAACGGUGGUGGCCAGAGAUGUGGAGGAAGUCACUACACAUUCCUACCGUCCUAGCAGAUGGCAAAGUAACAUUACCAUCAUCAGUUGUUACAUUGCCAAUUUCAGCGAUGGCUUCCAGAACACCCUCGCCAACCCUACCAAUGUGAUAUUCAAACAAGUCCUCGGGGAUGGCUAUUCAUCCGAGAUGAAGACUCGCAUCAGUAACGCUGUCAUUGUGGGAGCAAUCUUGGGUGUGGUCGCCCUGGGCUAUACUUCUGAUAUGUUCUCGCGACGGGCGGGACUGCUCUUCACUUCCUCCCUGGUCGCAAUUGGCACAUUAAUGGCAGCUCUGGCUCUCCAGGUCCACCCCUCAAGCAACAUGCUGUGGUAUUUUGUGAUUGUUCGUGGCAUUGCUGGGUUUGGUGUUGGGGGUGAAUAUCCCCCGAGUGCUGCCGCUGGCAUUGAAGAAACAGACUGGAUCAUGAGAAAGUAUAGAGGACCAAUGUUUGUGUCCUUUACGACUCUAAUGGCCACUCUUGCUGGUCCGAUCUUGAUGAUCAUUUACUUGAUCACGCUCAUAGCCACUGAUAACAACCUGGUUGUCACGUUCCAUGCCAUCUACUCCAUCGCUAUCUUCCUGCCAGUCUCAAUCAUAGUACUGAGACUAUUUAUGGUGGACUCUUCACUUUUCCAUAACUCCAAUUUCACACGCCAGCGGAAGCCCUUGCGACUAUACCUCGUGCUUGCGCGGCGCUAUUGGUGGAGGCUAUUGACGACGUCGCUGGCAUUCUUCCUGUACGACUUCAUCAAUUUCCCCAACAGCAUCAUGUCUAGCACGAUCAUCUCGUCCCUGGUGAAAGACCACAAUGUCCGAACAACAGCAAUUUGGCAGGUCAUUUUGGCCGUUUUGCCUGUUCCCGGCGUCGUAGUCGGCGCCUGGCUCACCAAUGCGAUCGGACGUCGCUGGACUGGAAUCCUGGGAUUUGCUGGAUAUGUUGUGCUGGGUUUCGUUAUUGGAGGCACCUAUUCGAAAUUGUCCAAGAACAUUGCCGCAUUCGUUGUCUUGUAUGGCCUUUUGCAGGCGUUUGGUCAUAUGGGUCCAGGCGCUACCAUUGGCCUCAUUUCCACGGAAUCUUUCCCCACAGCCAUGCGCUCCAUGGGGUACGGUGUCGCGACAGCCUUCGGUAGAACAGGUGCCGCGGUAGGCACUCAGUGUUUCACACCCUUGCAGGACGCUGCGGGAAACAGCUCCACUUUCUUCCUGGCUGGUGGCGUCGCCAUCCUCGGCAUGAUGGUGUACUACUUGUUACCUGAAAGCAGAGACUUGGAUCUGGAGCAAGAAGAUAAGGACCUCCAAGAGUACCUCCUCCAACACGGCUUCACUACAGGCACCAAAGAAUGA